AUGGCUCUGACUGGUGCCUUGGACAAGCUGGGACACGACAUGUUCAUGCACAAGAAAGACCUCAAUGGAUUCUGCCCGUCAAAAGGUGACCAGGUCCAGUUCACGGCGGGACAAACGGAGAAGGGCCCUGUCGCUGAAAACGUCCGUGUGCUGGGAGCGCCCGAGGAGGCUUCCUACUUUGGCCAGAUCAAGAGCUACAACCCAACCAAGGGCUUCGGUUUCAUCUCAACGGACGCCUUCCCCGACCAAGACGUCUUCGUACUGCGCUCGGAGCUUCCCGGCGGUUUCGGCCCGGAGGGCGGUCAGUGCAAGUUCAGCGUGUCCAUGGAUGAGAAAGGACCAGCAGCCAAGAAGGUCAUGCUUCUGGGCUCUGCAGGAUCCCAGGUUCAGCAGAUGAAGUGGAUGAUGGGCUACGGUGGAUGGGGCAAGGGCUCUGGUAAGGGCAUGGGAAAGAGCGCCGAUAAGACAUGCUGGGAUGUCAAGAAGACGGGCACAUGCCCCCGACUUGAGAAAGGCGAGCCGUGCAAGUUCGCACCAUGCAACGGCAUUGGUACAGUGAAUGGAUACCAGUUGCUCGAUACCAGAAACUGCAAUCGUGUGGAGCCCUUUGGCCCAAACCUUAGUCAUCUCAACUCGCAUGCCUUCGAGCCUAUGGCGAAGACUGGCACGGUGAAGUCUGGGAAAUCUUUCAACCCCCACAAGGGCUGGGGCUUUGUGGAGUGCGAUGGCCAGGACCUCUUCGUGCACAAGAAGGAUCUGAAUGGCUUCUGCCCAAGCAAGGGCGACACGGUCCAGUUUACGAUAGGGACCUCGGAGAAAGGAGCCCUUGCCGAAAACGUCAGCGUGUCCUCUGCGGAGGAGGCCACGUACUAUGGGACAAUCAAGAGCUACAACCCAGUGAAGGGCUUUGGCUUCAUCUCCUCGGAGGCUUUUCCCGAGCAAGAUGUCUUCCUCUUGCGCUCCGAGCUCCCGGGCGGCUUUGGCCCCGAGGGCGCGAUGUGCAAGUUCAGCGUGGUCCAGGAGGAAAAGGGCCGGGCUGCCCGUAAAGUGACGCUGUUGGGCGCUGCGGGCAGCCAAGUACAGCAGAUGCUGUGGAUGACCUCGGGCUAUGGCGGUUGGGGGGGCAAGGGCUGGGACAAGGGAUGGG